GCAGUUAGCUUGCACCAUAAGAAUUUUCAUUGCUGGCUGUCGGUAGUUCAAGAUGGAAAUGCUUGGAAAAAAGCAAAUAGAGAGAAUAGAAAACUAGACUUUUCACGGGGACCAGUUUGUAAUUAGGGAAGGCCAACAUGGCAAUUUUUACAGUUAAAAGAACUAAUUUAAUUCGAGUUAGCUUUGGAGAACGGUCCUUUUCCAAGUCACUUCUUGUGACAUGGAUUCCCUAAACCAGGCCCAUUACGACUUAUCAGCCUUUGGUUCACACGAAGAUAGACUAGCUUUUGUUUACCUGAAGGCUCUUGAUGUUUUUGAGCAGCAAAGGCUUCAGAUUCGUAUUCUGAGAUCUAUAUGUAUGGCUUUCAUUGUAUUAUCGCCAUCUACUUGAUUCAUUCAUGUGUUCGGUAGUACUAGUUGGGCAUUGGGCCUGGGUUAAAUGUUGAGCUGCUUAAUCCAAGUGGCUUUAUGAUACGGACAAUCAGUAAGAGCAGACGGAACUUGGGCUUGUUGCCCCAGAGUUGGAUUAGUUUAACAGUGUUUUCAAAGAAGCCGUACAGCGGCUGAAGGUCUGGUUUGGCACUGAAGGAUUUAGGGAGUUCUGGGUGUAGGUCUGACCAAACAGGCCUGUUUGUAAUAUCAAUAUGAGAUAAAAGAAACUCAUGCCUAUGCAUUUCCCAGGUCACAUUAAUGGCAAAGGACAAAAGAAAUAAACCUUUGUUCGUAUGUUUCAAAUGGAUAGUGACGGUUCUGUUCGUCUUUUUGUUUCUCCUUCCCGCUUCCCAUCAGUUCCAGUCCUCUCAAGUCCAGACCUUACUGAGGAUUCAAAUGCUCCUGGAGUACCCCAGUGCAUUGAAAGCCUGGAGUAACAGUACAGAUUUCUGUAACCUGACCCCUUCUCCUUCUAUAACCAUUGUCUGUUAUGAGGACACCAUAACCCAACUGAGAAUUGUUGGUGACAAAGGCUCUCAUUUAAAAGGCGAAAAUGGUAAGUUCUUUGUUUCAAACAAGACUUUAUCUUCAGCUUUUUCAUUAGAUUCAUUUAUGACUACCCUCUACAAGCUUUCAAGUCUCAAAGUUCUGUCUCUGGUGUCUCUGGGAUUGUGGGGUCCUCUGCCAGGCAAAAUAGGUCGUCUGUCCUCCCUUGACAUACUGAACGUAAGUUCAAACUAUUUCUAUGGAAACAUCCCGCAGGAGCUUUCUCUUCUGAGGAACCUCCACACCUUAAUUUUGGACGAUAACAUGUUCAACGGCACUGUGCCUGACUGGUUGAGUGCCUUUCCUAGUUUAACCUCCUUGAGCUUUAAGAACAACUUUUUCAGUGGUGCUCUGCCCUCUUCCCUGAGUACACUGCAAACCCUCAGAGUGUUGCACUUUUCUGGAAAUCAGUUAUCUGGAGACUUGCCGGACUUGAGCAGCUUGAUAAACCUGCAAGAACUUGAUUUGCAAGACAAUAGUCUUGGACCGUUGUUCCCCACUCUUGGAAAGAAACUUGUGAUCAUUAUAUUGAGGAAAAAUAGUUUUAGGUUUCAUAUUCCUACAGAUCUUGAAUCGUUUAAUCAAUUGCAGCAGCUUGACCUGUCUUUUAAUGACCUGAUAGGGUUACCUCCAUCUUAUCUGUUUUCUUUGCCAAGCAUUCAGGUAUUGAAUUUUGCCUCAAAUACAUUCACUGGAACACUUCCUCAGAAUCUCACUUGCAACAGCGGGCUCAGUUUUGUGGAUCUAUCUUCUAAUUUUUUAACUGGAAACUUGCCCUCGUGUCUUGCUUCACUGGUAAGCCAAAAGAGAACUGUUAAUUUUUCCCAGAAUUGCUUAUCGACUAAGUUGCAGUAUCAGCACCCAGAGUCAUUUUGCAAAAAUGCUGCAACUGCAACUGGUGUUCAUCCACAAAAGUCGAAGAAAGAAUCAAGAACUGUAACUGUAGCUAUUGUAUUGGGCAUUAUUGGUGGUAUUGUGGGAAUUUUUGCGGUAUUGGGACUUCUUUUGUUAGUGCUACUUAGAAAGGCAGAGCGCAAAAAACUAACAAUGAAGCCACCAAGAAGAUUAGUAGCAAAAAAUGUUUCUACAGGCUUCUCCUCGGAUCUGCUAGCUAAUGCAAGAUAUAUAUCUCAAACAAUGAGACUGGGUGCACUGGGUCUCCCACAGUACCGACCCUUUGCUAUGGAAGAGCUUGAAGAAGCAACCCAUAACUUCAGUCCCUCCUUUCUGAUUGGUGAAGGUUCUCAUGGAAAGCUAUACAGGGGUAGGUUGGAAGAUGGAACUUUUGCUGUCAUUAGAUGUUUGAAAUUUGAGUGGAGAUACACUAUUCGAAAUUUGAAGAUUCACUUGGAGCUGCUUUCAAAGUUAAGACACCGUCAUUUGGUCAGUCUCCUUGGACAUUGUAUUGACUAUGAACAUGAUGGAUUGACUGUGAAGAGAAUAUUUCUCAUCUUUGAAUAUGUACCUAAUGGGACAUUGCGGAGCAAUCUUUCAGGUCAGUUGACUGAGGAAGUGCUAAGCUGGCCGCAAAGGCUAGCUGCUGCAAUUGGAGUGGCAAGGGGUGUCCAUUUUUUGCAUACAGGGGUGGUGCCUGGAAUUUUCCAUAACAACUUGAAAAUCACAAAUGUUCUGUUAGACCAAAAUCGGGUUUCAAAGUUGAAGGGCUAUAACUUGCCAAUACUUGCAGAAGGUACAGAUGAUCUUGAGGUCAAAACAGAAAGCUAUAAUUUGGUGCACAAAGAAGCAGAAAUUAAAAGCAGGAAAAAAUUUCUUGACAAGGGUGAUAUAUACAACUUUGGUCUCAUUCUACUAGAGACCAUUAUUGGGAGGCCACCUAUUCUGCCAAAUCAAGAAACAGAUAAAAUUCAAGAGCUGAUGAAUAUAAUGAGCGACUGCGAGACUAGAAGCCAGAUAGUUGAUCCUAUUAUUUUAAGAACAAGCAUUGAUGAGUCACUUGCAACAGUCAUAGAAAUCACUGGUAAAUGUCUUUCAAAGGAUCCAGUAUCUCGUCCUUCAAUGGAGGAUGUGCUCUGGAACUUGCAGUAUGCAGCCCAAGUGCAAGAUACGUCAGUUGGCGACUUAGAAAGUGGUGAUGAUUCACCGGUCAAUUUUCCUAUUGGUUUAAAAUCUGGUUAUACAUAGUAACUGGCACAUCUGGGACCAUGGGGCAAAAACUUUUUGAGAGAGCAGAGACCGACAAGCUGCUUAAUAGCUUAGUACUUGUUUGUUUCAGAAGGUUUGGCAUGGGAAAAUGUUUUCAACAACUAAGAAGAUAUUGACACUGUCAGGAAUGAGAGGCAAAUGUAUUGCAUGUCAAAAUAAUCAGGCUGGAGAUGCUGUGGUGGAAAUACUGAGUGUAUUAGAGAAGGAAAUAUGGUGCAUGCUCUAAAUAUGUAAGGAAAACAGAUGCAACAGAAAGGAAUUCACUGUAGAUGAUUUUUUUUGAUAAGAGCAGUGUAGCCCAAGUGCCAGCAACAGACGGAAAUGAUUCUAUUUAUUAAAGGGCUAUAUAUUUCUUCAUUCAUUGUUUUUGUAAAAAUUAUAGCAUUCUUUCCUACAAAAUCAAAACUAAGCGAUAUUUUGUUUAGAGCAGUUUUCAAGAGCGUUCAUAUGUAUUUGCUGCGAAGAUACAGAGAAAAUGCUUCAGCUUGGAGUGCACUAUUUUCAAGCUUGACCAAAUUGUCAAGAUAAGAUGAUUUAAAAAAAAAUUAACCCCUGAUGCCCCUAAUGUUAUAUUUGUUUAUUUUUUCCCAACGAUGAACUCUAAGUUCUGUAAAUACUGUUCAUAUAUAGAAGAUGAUUGGCUGCAA